CAUGAAGUGUGAGAAGAUCAAAGGUCAGGGAAUCAAGAAGUGCCAGAAGAUCAAAGGUGUGAGAAGACGAGAGGGAAAGGGAACAGAAGGAAGAAGAACAGAAAUAGAGCAUGAUAAUGAACCGCUAUCACAUGUAACGUGAGUCUUUGGAGACGCGCGGGCGUAGAACUCUGUAUCCGAGCAACCAGCCCAGCACAGAGAAUGGACCCACUGAGUGAAGGGCGGAUUUCAAAGCACCUCACUUGUGUUUUGUUGAUGUCAUUGUGUUGCGUGGAUCCAUACAGUGCGUUUUUCUGAGAGUGGGGCGGAAAUCUGAAAAUUCCUGUGGAUUUUUUUUGGGGGGGGGGACGACUAAUGACUUCUUCUAGUGCGCAGACAGAACUCAGAACCGGCCCUUUGUAUUUCUUCGACCAGCCACCGAGACGAAAACGAGUUGAAGGGACACUAAGCAACAUUUUGCAUCAUAAUGCGGCACAUGAAGGAGCACAGCUGGAGGACACAAUACAAAGUAACCACGAGAGUGGCAACAAGGAAACUGAUGGGCUCAUCGGGAGGCUGUCAGGUGUAGCAGGCUGGGAGGGUGAACCCGAUACCUGGUCUGCUGUCGGUGCUGCACUGAACAUAAUGGACCACGACCCGGUGGACGCAUACAAGCGAUCUGCCCCUCAGUUACUAAGCGAACUGGCCCGCCUACUUUCACUGCACAAUUGGGCCGAGGAGUGUUGUAUUCCUCAGGAGGUUUUAGGUUUCCUGGAUUACUCCUGGCAGGAUUUGUGUGCAGGAGCGACGUUAUUGAGAAUUCGGAAGCAGACUGACAAACGACGACUUCCCUUGAAGUUGGGCGGAGCUCCCCGCAAAGUGUCCACCAAUGGCAAGACGGAGACGGGAGAGGGGAGUGUUUGUCCCUCCGAGAGACAGACAAAAGUUGGCGCCAAUCCACGCACAAAAAAGCGCAAAGAAAGGCCCAGCAAAGCAGCCCAAAACUUUUCAGUGGCCAGUUUCUCCCUUGCGUCCAGCAGUAAGGAUGAAGGUUGGAUCAUUCAGCCAAUGCAGCCCUCCUCCGAUGAGGUCCAGUUGAUCAGCUUGUGUCAGUGGGUGGUGGAGCGACUGCGGGAGGCAAGAAAACCUGAAAAACGGCACACACCUGGACAGGAGCUGAGCGGUCCGCUCAUACUCCGUCACUACAGAGUAACAACGGCAAAAGUGAAGGACAGCAGGCCCAGGAGAAAGGCCCAGUCGGCCACUUUAGUUAACGGGAUACCCCAGAUACCAGAGGUGAAGCAGCUGGAUCCAGCAUGGCAGAAACUCCACUACGGGAUUGCCGACGGCUCCUCGUUCAUAUACUACCCGUCUGGUUGUGUGGCAGUGUGCCAGAGCCACUCCGCUCUGCCCUGUGGAGGCUUCUAUACCAACGUCUUCAGUGACGGCGACUGUCCCGUCAUCCUGGCGACUAUCACUGCACAUGGUCAUGGGGCUGUUAGCUCCUCUGUUGAAGCUGUGUGGAGCCAGGAGGCUGGAUUCAUAAGUGACUGCUAUGGGAACAAAAGUAAGGAGUGGAGCUGGCAGAGUGACGAGUGUGAGGAGAUCGUUAUACAGCUGUCAGAUGUGAUCUCUGUGAGGCUGCUCAGUGGGACCUCUGCCGUUCUCAGCUUCAUGUGCAACAAUGAAACUGUCCAACUUCCUCUUCCUGCCCUGUCACACGCUUACCAAUCAAAGGAGAUGGUGUCGGUGUGCUCCCAGAUGGUCAGAAAGGUGGACGGGCUGGAGGAGCCGUUGUGGAGAAGAGCAGGGCUUGCCGACAGGGAGCUGAAAAAGCUGCAGCAGAGGGUACAAAACAUCCUGGAUGACUGGCUGGAGUGUUAUCGUGCAGCCUUUGGUGUCAAGUGUCCCGACACGGAGCAGAUGCCAGACUCGCCGCUGAGGACUAGGCUGAGGAGAGAGGUGCAGUCGGUUGCUCUGCCCCCCCUGAACCCACCUGAGUGGGCAGUCCAGCCAGAGGAGCGCACGAGCGAGCCGCAGAGACACCUGUCAGCACAAGAAGAGAGACCUGCUGACUCCUCCGUCCGGCUGCCAAGGGCAUCUAAAAAGCGUGUAAAGGAAGAGCCCCAAAUCACACAGAUAGGACCCCUUCAAAUUCACGGCAACAUCAAACUGGAGUCAGUGAUUAUUCCAAAGAGUCCAGAGGCGCAGUCUGCUGCUGUCACCGACUGGUCAGCCCCGCCGCCACUCACUCCCUCCGCCCCCCUCACAAUGUGCCCCGAGCUGCUGAGGGCUGCCCUGCUGGGGGAGGGGGUGCAGAGGCGGUGCAGCUGCAGCGUUACACAGAUGCCCGCGGUGACGGACGUGGAGUACGAUACCUUUGUGAUGGGCCAGCCUCCACACAGUCAACAGAUCCUGGUGGUUUGUGUGACGCUGCCACGCAACAACACCCGCACGGUGCCCGACGAGGACGCACUGGAGCAGCUUUACAUGGGGAGGAACAAGCACAGAACCAUGCCAUGUACUCAGAGCCAGAUGGACUCGUUUCGCCUGGUGAGAUAUGAGAUGUCAACAGGCGGGAUGCCCAGCUGGGGAUGCGAGAACAUCCUGCUGCAGCAGCGACACAACGCUGCCCCUGGGAUGAUCCUGAUGUACGUCAGAGGCACGCUGCUGUUUGUGGGCUACACAUGCAGUCGUCACAGCUUCUCAGUCGGGGACCUUCAAAACCAAAUCUCCAGAACCAGGGGAGACUACAGAUUAGGCCUCAGCCUCCCACCAGACUAUAAGUUCAGCACUGCAGCGAAAAAGCCUGCAGCCAAGCACACGACUCACUAGAGGCACCACUCAUAGGAGGAGAUGACGUUACACCUGCUUCAGUGGAAAAGGAAACGGCAAAGGAGAGGUUUUUGUGAAUAAAAUGCUUUAAUGUUUAAUGUUUUAAAGUUAAAUUCCUGCAAUUUGUCAGACUGUGCACUGUUUUUGAAGACAUCAGAUUGAAUCACCUGCCCCCCUACCGUGUCCCCUUCCUGGACAGAAAAAUCAUUAAAGUUCCUGAGGCAUCAGACUAAUGACUGAGAGGCUUAUGUGUUGAACCACAACAGACUCCAGCAUUUCCACACAUUCCUGUGAUUACACGCUGAAUAUUCUGUACCCCAGCCACAGGAUUACAUCCGUAUUAAGUCUCCAACGUUACCGAAGUACACCUACCAAUCUGCAUUUUUAAUAAAAACACAAAACUGUUUAA